AUGAAACCCCCCUCUGAUGACGCGGUCGAGGUCUCUGAAUCACCAGAGAGGGAAUACGACGAGAUGGUAGCCAGCGAAGAGACGCAGGUGAUCCGCUCCGACUGGACGGUCCCGGACAGCGCUGGCCGAAGUCAGCUACAGCAGGAGACGUACACGUUUGAGGCAGAGUAUCCAAACGCAGCGCCCAUCUUGCGUGGCAUCUCAAGCCAGACGUAUCUGUUCGAGACAGUGGGCUUUGUGCGCCCCACGAUCAAUCCUGCGUGGCAUCAGUUUGCAUCCGCUCUCGACAAGGCCGUCUGGGCAGGCGAAAUAGCGGGCAAGGGUGUGUGCAUAGCUGUCGAAGGGACCAAGAUUGUCGGAAAGGUGGCCAAUGAUAUAGUGUUCACUUUGGCGCCGGAUCUAUGGGAUCGGGCAAUUGUACAAUGGGUCGAGUGA